AUGGCGACAGCAGCGGCUCGUCCGCUCGUGACAGUUCAGCCGUACGACGAGGCCGGCGCGCCGCAGCAGGCGGCGCUCCCCGCGGUGUUCCUCGCGCCGAUCCGCAGCGAUGUCGUUAAGUUCGUGCACGCGAUGGUUUCGAUGAACAAGCGCCAGCCGUACGCCGUCAGCACCAAGGCCGGCCACCAGACGUCCGCCGAGUCCUGGGGUACCGGUCGCGCCGUGUCGCGUAUUCCCCGCGUUCCCGGCGGCGGUACGCACCGCGCGGGACAAGGAGCCUUCGGUAACAUGUGUCGCGGCGGUCACCUGUUCGCGCCGCUCCGCAUCUGGCGCCGCUGGCACCGCAAGGUGGAUAUUCUGACUCUUUCCCCGCUAAAGCAGAUUCGAUAUAGAUACGGGGAAGAACAUGCGGUCCCCAUCAAGAUGCGCCGCCAUGCGGUCGCCUCCGCCAUUGCCGCUUCCGCCGUGCCCGCGCUCGUCCAGGCGCACGGCCACGCCGUCAGCAAGGUACGCAGCGCCGGAGCUGCCGCUGGUGGUGGGCAACGAGAUCGAGGCGGUCGAGAAGACCUCUUCCGCGCUCCUCAACCUUCUAUCCUCCCCCUCUGUCCUCCUGUCCCCUCUGUCCCCUCCACUCCCCCCGCUCCUCCUUCCCCACCAUCCCCCCCCACUCCUCCGCAGGCGCCGGAGCUGCCGCUGGUGGUGGGCAACGAGAUCGAGGCGGUCGAGAAGACCUCUUCCGCGCUGAAGGCGCUGAAGCGCAUCGGCGCGUACGAUGACGUGGCGAAGGUGAUUUCGAGCAAGAAGAUCCGGCCCGGCAAGGGCAAGAUGCGCAACCGGCGGUACCUGAGCAAGAAGGGCCCGCUCAUCGUGUACGGCACGGACGGCGCCAAGCUCACCAAGGCCUUCCGCAACAUCCCCGGCGUGCAGGUGAGCGCGCGAGAAUGGGUGAGGGGAGGGGACGAGCAGCCCCGCCCGCCUCCGCUCCUCGCCCCGCCCCCCUCCCGCUCCCUUCCGCACCCCGCUGUGCGCCCAAAUCGACCAGGUGGUGGCGGUGGAGAAGCUGAGCGUGCUCGACCUGGCCCCCGGCGGCCGUGUCGGGCGCUUCGUAAUCUGGACGCAGAGCGCGUUCGACAAGCUCGAGGGGCUCUUCGGGUCGUUCUCGCAUCCAACCUUCUUCCUCCCUCCCUCCCUCCCUCCCUCCCUCCCCCUUCUUCUUUCGCUCCUCCCUCCCCUCCUUCCCAACUCCCCCCCUCCUUCCCUCCCGUCCCCGCCUCCCCUUCUCUCCUCUCUCCCAUCCCGCUCUCCCGCUGUUCUUGUUCUCCGCGCAACCAGGUGGUGGCGGUCGAGAAGCUGAGCGUGCUCGAUCUCGCCCCCGGCGGCCGUGUCGGGCGCUUCGUAAUCUGGACGCAGAGCGCGUUCGACAAGCUCGAGGGGCUCUUCGGGUCGUUCUCGCAGGCGCCCACCAUGAAGCGCGACUUCCUGCUGCCGCGUGCCGCCAUUGUCAACUCGGACAUCACGCGCAUCAUCAACAGCGACGAAGUGCAGAGUGUGUGCCGGCCGAAGAGGGUGGCGCCGAAGCCGCUGCACCGCCUGAAGCGCAACCCGCUGAAGAACCGCACGGCCAUGGCGGUGCUCAACCCCUUCGCCGCGGAGAAGCGCAAGCAGGCCGCUGAGGCUGCCGCCCAGCCCAAGGCCAAGAAGGCCCGCGAGACGGAGGAGGCCAAGAAGGCAGGAGAGUCAUGGUACCAGACCAUGAUUUCAGACUCGGAUUACCUCGAAUUCGAAAACUUCACCAAGUGGCUCGGCGUGUCUGAGUGA